UUGUGGGCAUGGUACACGUUCAUGUGAGUCGUGUAACGUAUGUAGUUUAUAGCUUCUAGGUGGGUCUUGGCAACCCGGCGUUAGUGUGUCCUCCCAGGUGUGACUCAGAACAUAGGGAAAGGGUGCAUGCAAACUAUUUGUUGGGUGAUGUCAUGACAUCACGAUUGACUAGAGGCAAUUUACAUUUACGACUUCCUCGUAGCCACUCGCUGUCCUUAUUGAUUGCUUCGAGCUCGGCAAAAACAACCUUACUAAAGCAGAGCUCGCGAGGUUUUACCCUCACAGAUCUCACAAAGUAACCCUUGUUCCUUAUAGAUAAAAUAGAUUUGUCUGGACACAUUGGCAAAGUUUGAAAAACCUUUUAUGGAGCCUUCUGAAGACAAGAAAACAGGGGCAACACAAGCCCAAGCAGAUCCUGAUGCAGCAACACAAGACCAUGAUGUCUGCAAGUUUUUCCUGGUGGGCAGGUGUCAUUUUGGGGAUAGAUGUCGCCUGUCUCAUAGUAGUACAUCUACAUCUGCAUCAGCUAGUCAUAAACCGGAACCAACAGAAGAGAAAGGAUGCAAGAAACGUAAGACCAGAAGAAAGUCAGGCAAAUCAGACAAGGCCAAAGAUGAAGAAAGCAAAGGGCCUCAGAAGAAGCUGCGCAUGCGCACAGCGGAUGAUGUCAUCUCCAGGAUUCUGUGGGAUAGCUCUGUGGACCCUGCUGACUUUAUAGUGGGUCACCUGGACCGCUUUCUGGGAGUUCUGGAACGCCCCUUUUCUGACUUCUCAUGGGACACUCAGGUGUGUGACUGUGACUAUUCAGAGGAAAUGGCUAUUCCUCGUCACAGGAUCCAGUACUUCAGCUAUAAAGGCCAGCGUGUGUGGGAUAGAGACAGUCGCACUGACCAUGUGUUUGGCUCAACGGGACAGUUAGUAGUGUCUCCAUUUGAUAGGGGGGAUCAACCACAAGACAAUGGUGCUACAGAUACAGCAGAAGACGAGGAAGGAUUGUCUGUUGAGAAAAAUGAGCAGGGUUCCGUAAACCACAGCUUAAUGGAAACUACGGACCAGGAAACUCACAGUGAUUCUGAAGAAACAUUAGACUGUAGCACAAAUAUUCGAAUAGACAAAGACUGUGAGAGUGCAUGUCUAGCUCAAGAGGCAGAGGGACUAUACAUCUCUCCUGGAGAAGAACAAAGCACAACACAUGAAGAAUGGAUAGAAAACUGGGACAAAGAGGAAGCGAAGGAGGAAGAGGCGGAGCCUGCACAGCCCAUACCUCAAGAGCCACGCCCAGGCCGCCAACCACGUAAACCAACUCACUUCAUUUGCUUCCGUGUGGACUCACCUGCUGCCUUGCGGGCUUUCCAGCUCACCCAGAGGAAGGUUCUGUCCCAACUCCCCCAGUCAGAGCCAUGGUGGACAAAACCAGAGUCACUCCAUGUUACUCUUUCAUUGCUCGUUCUUCAAGGCCCCGCUGAGGUCUUUGCUGCUAGCGAACUCUUUCGCUCAGUGGUCAAAAACUUCUACAAACCACCCAUCUCUGUCUUCUUCACUCCUAGACUGAGGCACUUCAAUGGAAAAGUUCUCCAUAUAGCCCCCCAACCACUUUCAGACAUCCAGACCCUGAACGCUCCCCUUCAGGAAGCAUUUAGGGAGAAAGGUUGGCUCCAUCGCGACUCACGAAACCCGACCUACCAUCUCACACUAGCUAAAGUGACAGGAGUGGAUGAAGAAAGGAUAUUUGAAGACGUGUGGCAGGUUAAACUGGCUAAGGAUUUGAACUUUGGGAAAUUAACAGUGGACAAGUUGUACCUGUGUGUCAGCAAUGUUCCACGGGCUGCUGAUGGCUUUUAUGAGACCGUGUGUUCUGUGCCGUUGCCCACUGUAUAAUAGCAAAAGUUUAUUGAUUAUAUGAAGAAAUAAUAGCACCAGUCAUUUUUUACAUACCAAGCAAUAAACAAAAAAUCUGGGGAUAAAUAAUCCCCAGCUGGCCCUACAUAAUAAUAUUUGGUUUACAUAAUGUUCAAAAUGAUUUUAAUAAAGUGUGUUUUUAAUGAAUGAUGACAAGAUAUUUUAAAGUAAGUUGCAUCAAAUUUGAUAAUUUAUGCCAUUUUUUAGAAAGUAUAGCAUGUUCAGUUAAAAAAUUUAAUUUAGGAGGAUUUAGGAGUUUGGAGACCUCUCUAGUAGUAAUACAAACUCACAAAUAACUCUGAGAAGGAGGUUCUGUAAUGUUAGUCCCCUUUUUAGGUUAGUACUUAAUAUAAUUUGGUUUAUCUGAUAUAGACAAUCGUAGAUUAUUCAGCUUGUCACAGUUACUACAGCAAUUAUUUCAACUGAUUGGUUAUCACAGUCCUUAGAUUUUACCAACACAUUUAUGUCGCAGAAGCAAUUUGUACAAGUUAAGCCUGUCAAAUUUAUUAUAGCAAUUAUUUGAGCUUAUCUCUUUUCCCAGUCCUGUUUAUGUUUUAAGCAACAAUAUGAAUUAGGUGUGUUUUCAUCAAUUGGCGAAUAAAUAACAUCC